AUGUCAUCACAAGAUCAGGCACUACAGCAAUUGAGUCAUGCAUUAACUACGAUGUAUUCAAAUGCUCCAAGAGAGGAGAAAGCAAAAGCAACGAAUUACUUAGAAACUUUUCAAAAAUCAAAUGAAGCAUGGAACUUAACUCAUCAAAUACUUCAAAAUAAAUCAAACAAUAAUGAUCCACAACAACAACAAUUACAAAUAUUUGCAGCACAAACUUUAAGAUCGAAAAUCAUAUAUGAUUUAUUAUCACAAAUACAAGUUCAAAACUAUAAUGAUUUGAAAAACUCAGUCAUACAAUUGCUUACAUUAUACAACGCACCUCAAGAUAAACUAAUACGUACUCAAUUAUCAAUAGCAUUAUCACAAUUAGCAUUACAAUACUUAUCUUGGAGUGACGCAAUCAAUGAAAUCAUAUCAAUCUUAUCAACAAAUGAAUUAAUUUUGGUUUUAUUGGAAUUUUUAAAAGUUUUACCAGAAGAAAUCUCAGAUGUUAAAAAAAGUCAUUUAACUGAUGAAGAAUAUAAUAAAAGAUCUCAAGAAUUAAUAACCAACCAAGUGGAACUCGUAAUUGGAGUUUUGAAAAAUUUGGCCGAAGGGAAUACUAAGAAUGACCAACAAUUAAACUCAGCUAUAUUGGAUGCAUUAAAUAGUUGGAUUACAGAAUGCCCAAUUGAUCAAAUUUUAACAGUUCAUUCAUUAACAUCAUUAGUAUUUCAAAGUUUGUCAAAUGAUGCCACUUUUGAUAAAGGUAUUGAAUGUUUAGUUACAAUAAUUCGUGAAACAAGAGAUAUAGAUAAUUAUGAAAUAAUAGAUGCAUUAUAUCAACAAAUAUUACAAUUAAAUUCAUUUAUGCAAUCAAAUCAAGAAAACUUGGAAGAUCCAGAAAAAAUGGAUGGAUUAACUAGAUUAUAUGUUGAAUGUGGUGAAUCAUGGCAUGCAUUAAUUGCAAAAAAUCCAAAACAUUUUAAACCAUUAGUUGAAAUACUUUUAAAUUGUUGUAAAUAUGAUGAGGAUUUAGAUGUUGUGAAAUAUACUUUUCAAUUUUGGUAUUUAUUAAAACAAUUAAUUGUAUUACCUAAAUUUGAAGAGGCAAGAGCUGUACUCGGAGAUGUUUAUUUACAAUUAAUUUCAGUAGUCAUCAAACAUUUAACUUAUCCAAUUGCUGAGAAUGAUAAUGAUUUAUUCAAUGGUGACAAAGAACAAGAAGAUAAAUUUAAAGAAUUCAGGUAUGAAAUGGGAGAUGUAUUAAAAGAUUGUUGUGCAGUCGUUGGUGCGACCAAGGCAUUACAAGUUCCAUUUGAACAAAUUCAAUCCAUAUUAUCAAAUUCUUCAGGUAAUUGGCAAUACUUGGAAGCACCUUUAUUCUCGAUGAGAACUAUGGCAAAAGAAGUAUCAACAAAAGAGAAAACCAUACUACCUACUAUAAUGUCAUACUUAGUAAGAUUACCAGAGCAUCCAAAAGUCAGAUAUGCAGCUACUUUGGUAUUAGGAAGAUACACUGAAUGGACUGCUAAACAUCCAGAAUUUUUAGAACCACAAUUGAAUUACAUAACAAAAGGGUUUGAAGUGGCAAACAAUAAUAAUGAUAUAAUGAUGGCUACCUCACACGCUUUAAUGUAUUUUUGUCAAGAUUGUUCAGAAUUGUUAGUAAAUUAUUUAGAACAAUUGUAUUUACUUUAUGGCCAAGUUAGAUCUCAAAUUGAUCUAGAAUCAAGUUAUGAAUUGAUUGAUGGGUUAGCUCACGUUGUUGCAAAAGUACCGGAAGAUAAUUUGUAUAAAACUUCUGAAAUGUUUUUGGAACCAACUUUAAAUUCUAUUAAUGACUUAAAUGCCAAAAAUGAUAAUUCAGAUGAAUUAAAUACUCAAAUUUCAGAACAAAUUGAAACCAUAACUAUUUUCAUUGAUGUCUUGAAAAUUAAUGAAUUUGAUAAACCAACAUAUCCAGUGGCUACUUUAUUUAUAGAAAAAAUCUGGCCAUCAAUAACAUCAAUAUUACAUAAAAGAGCAUCAUCAAUUAAAAUUAGUGAAAAAUGUAUGAAAUUAUUAAAAAGCGCAAUGUUAUCAUUUAGUUCAUAUUUAAAUUCAAUCUUACCGCAAUUUGCAGAAAUUUUACAUCAAGGAUAUCAACAAACUCAAUUUGGUUGUUACUUAUGGGUUUCAGGAGUUGUUAUUAGAGUUUACGGGGAUGAAGAUGUAAACUCAAAGGAAAUUACUCAAGCAGUUUUAGAAUUUUCAAUACAUCAAUGCCAAACCUUUUUCCAACAAAUUAAAAAUUUAGAUUCUAAUAAUAAUGUUAAACAAAUUCCAGAUGUAAUUGAAGAUUUUUAUAGAAUGUUAAAUGAUUUAUUAAUGUUUUAUCCAUUUGAAAUUAUUCCAAAUUCAGAAUUUUUAGAUCAAGUUUAUCAAGCAACUAUUAUAACCUUAACUAAAUUGGAUGAAUAUAAUCCAAUAAUAUCAUGUAUUCAUUUUAAUAUUGAUUUAGUAUCAUGGGGUUUAGAACAUCCACCAAUUUCAUUAUUUGAAGAUAAGGAUACAGAACCUUUGAAAAAUUGUAUAAAGGAAUUUUUGAUCCAAAAAAAUCAUGGAUUCGAGUUGUUAAAAUGUAUAAUUCAUGGAUUAAUUUUCAAAUUCCAUAAUGACAUUCAACAAGAUGCAAGUGAUUUAAUUUUAAAAAUCUUGGUAGUAUGUCCAAAUAUUGAAGUAGCAGUUGGUUGGUUAAAUGAGGUUGUUAUAAAUUUACCAAAUAUUCAUGACGGAGAAACUAAUAGAUUAAUUCAAACUGUUAGUAUUGCAUUACAAAAUAAAGAUAAUCGAAGAGUAAGAAGUGCUUUGAAAGAUUUUAUUGGUUGGUAUUCAAGAAAAAAUGUAACUAGGACUAUUUAA